UUUGUAUACCUACGAGUUUGACAGCGACAGCGAAUUCACCAAUCGGUUUCAGAAUUUACAAUUUAGACAGAAAUUAAUUUCAGUUCAGACUUCAGUUAUAUUUAUAAUAAGUGUGCUGCGUAGAUAUUCUAAAGGAUGCAGCAGCUAACAGUGUUUAUGGAUAUUGAGAGUUCGCGGACCUACAUCGACGAGCUGUACUCCUCGGACCCUGAUAAGGUCAUGGAAGCGCUGGUUACGCUGAAGAAUUCAGUGAUCGGCAGCAAUCGACAAAAGAGCUCCGUCAUACAACAAGGAAUAGUUCCACGAUUGCUGCAAUUGAUGACGGAUGACUGUCUCGAUCCGACCAUAAGACUUGAAGCUACCAUUACGAUCGGAUCACUAGCAAAAGGUACAGCAGAAAAUGUAGCCUCAUUAGUGGAACACGGAACAACAAUAAUACUUGUGGAGUUACUCAAAGUUGUGCCCACUGGGUUACGACUGACUGAAGCAUGUCUGUGCGCUCUCAGAAGUAUAUUUCAACAUCCUCCAGCACCGAUUUCUGCAUUGCCAGCUGAUAUGCGGUUCUUGACAAGGUUGACACAAAUAGCCAGGGAAGGCUCAUCGACAUCGCGAGCUUGCGUUGUACGUAUCCUAUCAAUAUGGUGCGGAGGUCCCAUAGAGCAGGAGGCUCUAUGUGUGGCUGGUGCUUGUGAGGCGAUCGCAGCUCUGUUAGCGAUGAGAGGGUUCACGUCGCCCCCGUUAGCGAGGGCCCUGCCUGCCUUGGACUUGCUGGCUGCUAUGUGUUUUGAAAAUGCCAAUGUAUCUCAAGCUGUUAUAAACACUAGACACGGUGAGAAGACAAUACCAGAGCUACUGACCGCGCUGGUGUCACGAGACAAGCCGCUGUCAGUAGCGAGGGGCGCCGCGCGCUGCCUCACCUUCAUACACAGGGCUGGGGCUUUGGCAUCUGAUGACAAUAGAGUUGUUUUUGGUGCUCUGCCUUGUCUGGCAAGACUUUGCACUAAAGAGAUGCCGGAAGACAUCAGAGCAACCGCCGCAGAAACACUAGCAUAUCUGGCAGAGGUAGACACAGCCCUCCAAAGGCUGGCCGCCAUAUCCAACCACUUGAUGAGUUCUCUUACAGAGAUAGUGGUCUGUCCGUCCCCGGCCGCCAAGCAAGGCGCCUUCAAAUGCUUCGCAUCCCUCGGCGCCAACGACGAAGACAUACGGAAACGGAUAAUAGAGACGCACGGGGUUAUGGUCCAUGUUGUCAAUGGGAUGAACAACCCUGAACCAGCGGUGAGGUUAGCUGCAGUAAGAUGUCUGCACUCACUGUCCAGGUCAGUUCAGCAGCUGCGGACGACAUUUCAGGACCACGCAGUGUGGAGGCCGCUUAUGCAGCUUCUGAACGACUCGCCGGGCACCGAACUGCUGACCGUCGGCUCCUCCACGCUGUGCAACUUGCUGCUCGAGUUCUCGCCCGCCAAAGAACCCAUGUUAGACCAAGGUGCAGUAGAAAUGUUAUGUAAUCUAACAAAAAGGCCAGAGGCUGCGUUGCGGUUAAAUGGAAUUUGGGCGCUCAUGAAUAUGGCUUUUCAGGCCGAGCAGAAGGUGAAGCAGCGCAUCCUGUGCACGCUGGGCACGGAGCAGAUGUUCCGCCUGCUGGGCGACGGGGACACGCGCGUCAUCAUGAAGACGCUGGGCCUGCUGCGGAACCUGCUCUCCACCAGGAACCACAUCGACGCCAUCAUGGCGGAGUACUCCUCGCAAGUGAUGCAGAUUGGUUUCCAGGCUGUUAUAGUGGUGCUGGAGGGGUCGUACCCCGCGGAGGUGAAGGAGCAGGCGCUGUGCAUCCUGGGCAACAUCGGAGACGGCGAGAAAGCGAAGGACCUCAUCAUGGCCAACGAAGAUGUGCUGAGGAAGCUCGUCGAUUAUUUGGCGCACCCGGAGAGCAAGCUGCAGGAGGCGGCGCUGUUCGUGGCCGGCAACCUGGUGUGGCGCGGCGAGGCGGGCUCGGCGGCGCGCCAGGCGCGACUCGCCGACCUCGGCGUGCUGCGCGCGCUCAAGCUGCUGCGCGCGCGCCACGACGCGCACCAUCUGCACGACAAAGUAAAAACAGCUCUGGCGCAAUUCAGCGACUUUACAUAAGGUCUAUUUUUGUAUAAAUACAAAAAUGGGAGUGAAAUGUCUGCUUUCAUACAUCGCUUAUAAUUUAGUCGGGGACUGUGAGUUAUCGAGUCAUAACAGUUAUGUAAUGAAUAAUUCUACGUAAUGAUGCUAAGUAUUCAAAUGUAUAUAGCUAAGGUUGCUGUUAUCUCAUGUGAGGGAGUGUUAUUAAAGUUAUUUAUUUUAGUUUUAUCAUGUUAAUAGUCGUUCGCCAAUCAUUUAUUAUUGCCAUCGAUCUCCUAUUAAAAAGUGGAUGCACAAUCAGCGACCAAAAAAACGUGCCCACUCCAUGAGUGCCAAACACAACUUCUUGGCACUCAAUUCAAGUAGUCGCAUUUGCAAAUUCAACCUUAAACUCAAUCCUUAAGGUUGAAUUUGCUCUGGAAUGGGUUUUUAUUGUAUAUUGGACUAUAUUCAAAGGCCUUUAGGUAUAAUUUUCUUUAACAAUAAUUCUAAAACUGUCAAAGCAAAAUUGGCCAGUUUUUAAGUGAAAUUUUCUACAUGAUUGUGCGUCCUUUUAUUAUAAGAGGUCAAUGACUAUUGCUCAUUAUUAUUCUUCUUUUGUCGAUAAAAUAUUUUUAAUGAAAUUCCUUUUAAUUCAGAUCAAUGUCAAUAUUUGCACAUAGGAGGUGGGGCCUUUUUAGGCCAGGUCAAUGAUGGGUAUUUAUAAAUGAAAUUUGCGAAUACAUCGAUCCAAAUAACAUGUAAGAUAUAAUAAUGCAAUAUGCAAGUUUUUCAAGCGCAUUUCCAUCGGUCAUAUUUUGUUGAAUGUCAUUGUUGACUAAUGCCUAAGUCAUGAAUAACAGACAGGUUUUUAUACUAUAAUUAUAAUAUCAUACUAGAUACCAGAUAUUUCGGUUAAUACAAUAUCUUAUUUCAUAUUAUUAAUAAUACCAAUUUGAUUAAUUAAUUAGAAUUCAUUUUAUAAUUUUGACAACUUUUUAAAAUAUCAAUAACGUUGUGACAACUGACAGCAAACGUCAAAAUGACAUCAAUCCGCCAUUAUUACAGUAGUUAUACAUUUCUUGGAGUGAAUAUAUAUAAUUUCCAUUGAAUUUAAUAAAAAAAAUAGAUUUUAAUAAUCAAAAAUAGUUCAUGAUAUUUUUGUUUUAAUUUAUGACAGCUUCAUACAAUAUUGGACCAUCUCUGUAUGUCUAUAUACCCACAGAAUAGAGAAUGAUACAGAAUGAGUUUUUACAAGCAGCGCAGUGAAACCGCGUACUUCUCUUUGAAAUCCGCAUAAUGUUGCUAUACAAACUUUUUUUAUAACUUGUAUUUCAAGAUUUAACUAACACUAACAACAAUUAUGUAAAUUAAUAUUAUAAUAGACUAAUAAUGAUCAAUAAUACUCGAACCUAUAAAAAAUACUCCGUCUUACAUAUGACAUAAGUCAUAGUGAAAAGUUUUUAAAAUAUUUAAAAACAUAAGACGUAGUCCGAGAUCUGUAGAACAUUUUGUACAAUUGAUUACUAUUAAUUUAAUUUUUCGUGAGUAGCUUCUUCUCGAUGAGACGAUCAACUUCUUUAUUUACGAAAACCAGGAAAUUAAAAUUUCUGAGCGUCGGAACGAGAUAAUGUACCACAAAAUUUGUAGGACAUUGUGGUUGUUGUAUAACUAUUGUACUGUAUUUUAUUUACUGUUGCUUAAUUAAUUUAAGCAACAGUAAAUAAAAUAGCUGCUCAUAUAAUAACCUCGUUAUUGAUUCAAGUUGGGAGGAAGGUAGUUUAUCAAAAGUUGUUACUAACCAGAUAUUUUUACAGUUGUAAAAAAUGUUCUACGGAUCCCUGACUAACGCCAUUUUUCUUGAAUAAUAUUGAAAAUUAGAAUUACUGAUACGACGCUUCUUGUCGUAUUGACUCGUUAGACUAUUCGUUUUUUAAUUUAUUUUUGGAAUGGCUGCAUCACAGCCGUGUUCCGUGCGCUCUAUCUGCCUGUUAUUCUUUAAUCUGUGUAUGUACCUAUGAUUGAUUGUGUUCAAUUUCUUAUAUUUCUUUUAUGAUAUAAAUUGUUUAUUAUCUAUGAUACCCAAAUGAACUGUGUCACUAAUCAAGAGAAUAUGCAAUUAAACACCUGUAUUAAGUGAUGUAAAAUAUUCCCUAGCUGUACAUAAGCACCAUUUACAUUAUAAAGAGUUUUAAAUGUUUUUGUCAAUACUUUAUAUAUAAUUUUUUUUCCUAAAAAAAUUUCAAACUGUUGAUAGCUACUAUUUUUGAACGAUCAAGUCUUGUAUUGAAAUUUGAAAGUAAAAAUAUUUACUUUUCGAAGUGACCUCGAGAAUAUCUCGGCACUAGGAGAAUGUAGUUUAACUACAUAUAUAUAGCAUAAUUUUUUUAGAGCAUUUUUUGGCUUAAAUCUUUAUAGUAGGGGAGCCGAAGAGGGAAUUUUUGCAGUUAGCGCGGCAGAUGAACAUAAGGGAGUAUACCCUGCACGUUGUUUAGUACAUCCGCCAAGUAUGAGCCCUUCAUAUUGGUGGGUACGUUUAAGGCACCAAAAAAAAACUAACUUUAGAAAUACUCAACCAGCACGUCAGAUUAAGAUAAGGUAGGUGAGUUGAAAACUAAAAGGCGUGCAUUUCGAAAAUCUAACAAAUUUGAGCGUAACGUAAAGGAGGGUUCCAAAUUUACAAAAUAAAACCCUUAUCGGUUAAUUUUUUUACUUAUUUUGAUUGAAAUAAUCUGCUGAAUAAUCGCUCAUGUUUUCUGAUGAUUUCAGUAAGCCAAAGUAAUAAAAAAAUAUCUUUAAAGUCUGUAGUUUUUUUCCCCACCGCUGAAAUCGAAAACCUUUUAUUCUUUCCAUUAUCUUAUCUACCUAACCUACCAAUGACGCUUUAGUAACUGCAAAUUUAGCAUUCCGGGCUCCGCUACUAUUAAACUUAAUGAAAAUUAAUUGGAAGUGAGGUACAGGAAUGUAAAGUGAUACGAAGUGAUGUAGAUUUUGAUAAUAGGUGUAUGAAAUUAUAAAAAGUAAUAUCUGGAAUGAUGUAUAAUGAAUUGUGAGGAAUUAGGAAUAUAAAUUAAUGAAGAUGGACGAGACUUUCAAUUUUGGCUAAAACAGAAAAUAUUGAAUUGUUGUGUCUGAAAAUAAUCGCGAUUGUAUUUCUUACUAGCCAACAAUUUUUGCAUUUUUUUCAUAAUUUGUAUUUCCAAUGCAUUGGAUUGUGGAUUGUUAUCUGAUUUUAGAUUUUUUUUUAUCUUUAUUUUCAACGAUGUCAGUGUCGUCUGUGACUGAGUGAACUUCUCGUCCAACUUCAAUAUGGUAUGUAAACUUUUUUUUCUAAAUUUCUGUAAUUGGAACAGUAGUUUUUUUUUAUUCUGUUUAAUAAUUUAAUUGCAAUAUUUUAUAAUCAUAUAAAGUGAUUAUAUUUUCUAUGAUAGAAAUGUACAUUAAACAUCUUUUUUUCCAUACGAAUCUCAAUUUAAAUUGUGAAUUAAUGUGCAGCUUACAAUUAGCUUUGUAUUUUCUGCCCACCCUUAAACAUAUAUUAAUUGCUAUUGGUAACCAUGAUAAAUCAUGAUUGGUGUACAAAUUCGGCCCAUAACAAAGAUUUUAUACUAUAUAGAUAUGUGACUAGCGCGACGAAACUGAGACGGACAAAAGUAGCUAAUUGUCUUAAUUUAAUUUAGUCGCAUAGUAAACAACGAAAGUUAUUUAAACAAAUAAUACUCAAAUAUUGUCUACAAUGUCGAUUUGUGUGUUCAGGAAGUGUAAAAACUACUUAUAAAUAUACAUAUAAUGUAAGUCAACACAAAAUUGUGCAUCUUUGCGCUCAGUGGAGUAGAUAAAAUCGGAUCACUGUUUGAGUUGAUAUUAAUAUUACAAAGCUGAAGAGUUUGUUUGUUUGUUUGAACGCGCUAAUCUCAGGAACUAUUGGUCCGAUUUGAAAAAUUCUUUCAGUGUUAGAUAGCCCAUUUAUCGAGGAAGGUUAUAGGUUAGCUAUAUUAUCCCCGUAUUUCUACGGGAACGGGAACCACGCGGGUGAAACCGCGCGGCGUUAGCUAGUCUAGUAUAAGCCCAUUGUGCGUUGGCCUACAGUGUUUGUAAAACUCUUGGUUCUCAAUGUUCAACGCCAAAUUAAGCAAUAAAUGUUUUUACUGUAAUGUUACAUUAUAUUCCAGUAACAAUGCCAGCUUUCAUAUUUUAUGAAAUGGUAAUUUGGAAUACAAUCUUAAAUAUACAUUUGUUGGAAAUUGCUAUUACUUUUGCAGGUAGUUUGAGAAAAAACUGUAUCAAACCAGAUGUCGUCACCUUGUCGGUUUUGACAAUGAAAACCAAUGAUAUUUUAUACUGAGAUAGAAACUUAGGCCGACAAAUGUGUAUAAUUAUCUUAAUUUAAUUUAGUCGCAUAUUAAACAACGAACAUUAAUUACAAAUUCUACAAUGUCGAGUUGUGUCUUCAGGAAGUGUAAAACUAUAUAUACAUAAAUAUAUAAAGUAAAUAAAGACAAAAUUGCACAUGUGUGCGCUCAGUGGUGUAGCUAAAUUCGGACCACUUUUUGCGGUGAUUUUGUAGGCAAGUAACCUAUCUAUAGUAUAAAAUUAUCAUUGAUGAAAACCAUAAAAAUGUGUACUAUUUUAUUGGAUUUCACAAAUGAAUCCUGUAAAGUAUAUUUUCAUACUUUGUAUCAUUUAUUUAUACUAAUCAUAAUCAUGUCAAUAAAAAAAAAACAAAAUAUAAAUGUAUACUAUGUACUCUGUAGUACGGUGCGGGUGACAGUUGUCUAUGACAUACUUAUAUACUAACAUACAUUAAUAGAUGAGUGAUUGAAGAGGAAGGUUUAUAUGUAUAAUAACAUCCAUGGUUCCCGCGGGAUUUGUGAAAAGCUGAAAUCCUAUAUAGCUGCAAACUUUCAAGAGUGAAAAGAACUGUCACCCGCACCACGCUAUAGCGCACGGACUGUAGAGGUUCAAUGUUUUCUGAUAUAAAAUGUUAAAAUGGAAAUACUCAUUGGUGUUCAAUGGUCAUGCAGGUUGAAUGAAAUAUGUGCUUUGCGAUUAUAGUUCCUCGGUGUGGUAUUUAUGCUAAAUAUACUGGUAUCUCAGACCAAUUACCUUCUAAAGGACCUGCCUCGUUAUUUACCCCUGUCAAAAAUGUAACCUAUUAUAAGAUACAAGUUUAACUAAAAUGAGAGUACAAUUAGAGGCCGCCUUUAUGGUGGUCGUAACGUUCAGCAAGAAUCCGAUUAUUUGAUGUCAUUGGAACCGCUGUACUCUUGGGUCUAUAAUUCUUUCAGUAGUUUAUUAGUUUAGAAAUUCAGCUUUAAAUAAUUGUUUAAUGAACGAGAAUAAAUGACAGGAUUUUGUGAUAUAUGCAAUAUAUGUUAAUUUUUAUGCAGUUUGUUUUGGCAGCUGUUUGCCAAACGUGUGAACAUACUGAAAGGCGUAUCUAUGGCCGUUUUUGAAAAUAUUUGUAAUCUAUAUCUCGGGUGCAUUCUCGUUUUGUCUCAUAUAAUCUAUUUGCAACUAAUAAUGAAUUUUGUUAAAUUUGGUGUACACGACAUUAAUAAAGAAAAAUAACGGUGUAGUCAAUUUAAUACUUUAUUUACUGUAUAGUAACUAGCGGACCCGAUCAAGCUUCGCUUUGACUUUUGUGCACUUCUUCCCUACCCCUACUCCCACCCUACACCUACCUACCUCAACCCUACCAUUACCGUAACCCUAUCCCUAUCCCUACACCUACCCCUACCCUAACCCGUACCCUACCCUCCUUACCCUAUUCCUACUCUACCUAGGGGUAGAGUGCCAAUCAAGAGUCCAUAGCUUUGCGCGUCCUCGAGUCAAUGUAAACAAGCACUCUUUGAAAGGCGUUUAAGGAGUUUAAAUAAAAAAAUAAAACAAUACAAGUUUAUAAGUCAACGUUCUACUUUUUACCAAUAAUUGGCAUUGGAGUCUUAGAAUUAAAAGUCCUUCAUACAAUUAAUUAUUUAAUUCAAUAAAACCUGAACUAAAAUUUAAAUUUUGAAUAAAUUUACUUAAUUAUCAAAGAAAAUAUGAUUAAAAUUUAAGCCUCAAAUUGAAACUAUGACGUAUUUAUCCAGUCUGAGAAGCCCAUAACAAACUUAGCCAGGUUAUUUUAUAUGGAUUAAUUUAGUUAGUAAUUGUUUUUAGGGUUCCGUAGUCCACAAGAAACCCUUAUUUUAUAUUACAAAAUGAAAGUUAUUUGUUAAAACUAGCGGCCGAACGAAGAUUAAUUUUAUAUUUGUCAACUAUAUUUUAUACUAGAGAUAUGGCACUAGCGUAUCAAAACUGAGGCGGACAAAUGUGCAUAAUUGUCUUAAUUUUAUUUAGUCGCUUAUUAAACAAACAAAUAAUACCUAAAUAUUGUGUAAAAUGUCGAGUUGUGUGUUCAGAAAGUGUAAAAACUAUAUGUACAUAUAUAUACAAAGGAAUAAACACACAAUUGUGCAUGAUUUUGUAGGCACUUAACAUGUCUAUAGUAUAAAAUAUCAUUGAUAUUUGUAAUAACAGCAAUAAGUACAUAAUAACGGAGUCGAAUGAAGCGUUUUUUUUUACAAUUGUCACAAUCAUUUCCAUUGCCUUGUCAAUAAUAUUGCUCGAUCUGCUAAGAUAAAUGUGGAUUCCCAAUCUGAAUGAAUGCUUUAAUAAAUAAUAUAUUGAAAUCUUGAAUGCAAUUGAAUGUAAAGAAAAUUUGGUACAAUCAUGUUGUCUUUAAUAAUUAUAUUUUUGAUGUGUAUGUAGUAAUUAUUUCUCGCGCCUAAUUCUUCAUUUUAACUGUCAAAUGUUUUUAUUUAUACCAGUUAAGUUUUCUGUUAAAUACAGAUAAAAAUGAAA